GCCGCUGUCCCGUUUCGCGGGCCUGGCCGCUGCGGGUUGAGAUGCUCACUCCAGCCCGGGGAUUGACAGGCCUUUUCGCAGGAGGCGGAGGAGGCGGAGGCAACCAUAGCAGACACUGAGAGGCAGUCGUGAGAAGCCUGGCAGGUCGCCGCCGCCUCUGCCUUGCAAUCCGCAGCCAUCCUGACCCCCGAGCCCCCGAGCUCCCCCGCCAGCCGGCUCCCCAGGCACAUUUGGCUCCCUACAACCACAACAGGCAGAUCGGGAGCGGCGCAGAGAAAUUUCUUUACUAGAUGACAUUUCAUCGCAAUGUCCGAUCGUUUGGGGCAACUUACCAAGGGAAAGGAUGGGAAAAGCAAGUACUCCACUCUCAGCCUGUUUGAUAAGUAUAAAGGAAAGUCAGUAGAAGCUAUCAGGACCACAGUUAUUCCUAGACAUGGCUUACAGAGUCUUGGGAAAGUUGCUGCUGCCCGGCGCAUGCCACCUCCUGCCAAUUUGCCAAGUUUGAAGUCUGAGAACAAAGGAAACGACCCUAAUAUCAUCAUCGUACCCAAGGACGGCACAGGAUGGGCAAACAAGCAGGACCCGCCAGACCAAAAGAGUUCCAGUGCCACGGCCGCACAGCCGCAGGAGUUGCUGCCGCAGCAGGAUUUGCAGAAAUCUGUCUCCAGUUUACAGAAGCUGACGCAGUCAAUCAGCCAGGAGAGUACAAAUUCAGUGCCAGGUGGACCAAAGUCAUGGGCACAGCUGAAUGGAAAGCCAGCCGGACCAGAAGGUGGUUCAAGGGCCUCAAGCCGACAGUUAUCCUUCUCUCCCGAGGAGUUUCCAACGCUGAAAGCAGCUGGCAAGCAGGACAAGGCUGGCAAAGAAAAGGGCGUCUUAGAUCCGUCGUAUGGGCCCGGACCAAGCCUCCGCCCCCAGAAUGUCACGAGUUGGAGGGAGGGCGGUGGCAGAAAUAUAACCCCUGCUGCAUCUUUGACCGCCUCCCUGGCUGAGCUGGGCUGCAAGACCUCCAGCGCAGGAGACGGAGCCCCCUCCUCAGCAAACUCUAGUGACCUUAAGGAGCCCUCUCUCCGCUCAACUCAGCCGAUCCGCAAGGGGGCUUCGCAGUUCACGGCCAAUGCCUACCAACCCCCAACUUACCAUGACAUGCUACCAGCUUUCAUGUGCUCAAACCAGCCAUCUGAGACUCCUGGGCCAGUGGACCGCGGGUCCUUCCCCCUCCCACAGUUUCGCCUGGAGCCCCGUGUCCCUUUCAGACAAUAUCAGACCAAUGACCAAGAUGGAAAAGAAAACAGGCUUGGGGUCUUGCGCCCUGCCCGGCCGCAAGGGGAGCGGGUUCCCCGGCCCACUAUCAUCAACGCAGAGAACCUGAAGGGGCUGGAUGAACUUGAUAAUGACGCAGACGAUGGAUGGGCAGGGAUCCAUGACGAAGUGGAUUACUCUGAGAAACUGAAGUUCAGUGAAGAUGAAGAGGAGGAGGAGACUCAUAAGGACGGGAGGCCAAAAUGGAACACCUGGGACCCCAGAAGGCAGCGGCAGCUCUCCAUGAGCUCGGCAGACAGCACAGAGGCCAGGCACCCCCCAGAAGAAGCAAAGAACUGGGGCGACUUGGUUGGCCUGUCUCGGCCAAUCCGUAAAGGACCAGAUAACUUGCCUCCCUCAGGGAAAGUGAAUGGCUGGGCUCCCCUUUCAGACUAUCAGAAACCUUCACUGGGGGGCCUCCGGCAGCAGUCUUCUGAGGACAAAGAGGAGAAGCUCCCCCUGAGGCAGAAGUUUGUCCACUCUGAGAUGUCCGAGGCUGUCGAACGGGCCCGUAGGCGGCGGGAGGAGGAGGAGCGGCGAGCGCGGGAGGAGCGACUGGCCGCUUGCGCUGCCAAGCUGAAGGAGCUGGAUCAGAAGUGCAAGCUGGCACAGAAAGCUGGAGAUAGCCACAAGCACGUGGAGAACGAAGAGCCCAGGCCCGCCAUCGUGGAGAUGGUCAGCCCGCCAGAGAACAGCCAUGCCACCCGGAGAGCAAACCCUGAGUUUCAUGCCCAGGAAACUUCUUCCCCUCCUGCUUACCUGGAGGAGGAAACUCUGGCCACGUCGGCAGCACACCGGAGCAGCAGUGAGGAGGAGCUCCGAGAAGCCGUGUCCCCCGCACAGGAAUUCAGCAAGUACCCAAAACUGCUUCCCCCACGAUUCCAGCGGCAGCAGCAACAGCAUGACCAGCUGUACAAAAUGCAGAGCUGGCCGCAGUCCCAGGUCUAUCCUCCCUCCUCCCACCCUCAGCGGACCUUCUAUCCACCACAUCCACAGAUGCUGGGCUUUGACCCCCGUUGGAUGAUGAUGCCUUCCUACAUGGACCCUCGCAUGGUCCAGGGUCACCCCCCGGUGGAUUUCUACCCCUCAGCCCUUCAUCCCUCAGGGGCCAUGAAGCCGGCGGUCCAGCAGGAUUCCCUGACCAAUAGCAGCUGCCUGUCGAAGGAGCAGAACAGCCAGCCCUCCAUGCAGCAGGAGAGGAAAGCUGUGUCUGGGGAGACCGCUCCACCAGUGUGGGGUCAGGAGAGCUACACUCCCUCUCAGGGCAAAGGCUGCCCCAUUUCCCGCCUGAAACAGACAGAGGGCAUGGCCAGCGAAGGACUGCACGCCAGGAACAACAGCUCCUACUCAUCGCGUAGCCCCAGCAUCAACCCUGCACGUGACCUGUUUGAGGAGUCCUCCAGGGAAGAUUACUUAAACAUCUUCGACAAGAAGCCCCAGGCCAAUUUUGACAGCUACAUCGGCUCCACCCAAAGGCUGAGCCAAGACAAUCUCUUCCCACAUCAAGAGUGUGCCCCUUCCGUUAGCACUGCGGACCCUCACCACACCAACCUGAGGAGCUCCUCCUUGGAAGCCAGCUUGGCCCACAGCGAUAAGAAGCCAGAGUACAAUGGCUGGGAUACCAGCCAUUAUCAGAAAUCCUCGGAUGGGACGGCUUCUGCAAAUGAAGAGGCCUGCCGAGAUGAGCAAUCCUUUGGUGCUGAGGCAUGGAAGAAAGACGGGCCUGCCAGCAAGCAGGCAACUGCCAAGCCAGGGUGGGCUUCUGAGAGCCGAAAUGCCAGCAGCCAGCAGCAACAGCAGCACCAGGAGCAGACAGGGAGGGCUCGAAGAUCUGGCCCGAUUAAGAAGCCGGUCCUGAAGGCUCUCAAAGUUGAAGAGAAGGAGAAAGAGCUGGAAAAGGUGAAAGCAGAUGGUGAAGAGGCCGUCCCUCCCCCACCAAAGGAGAAGGCCCCGAUUCACAAGGCUCAGGAGGAGGAGGAGGAGGAGGAGGAUGACCAUGAUUCUGCUGCGUUGCUCCAUUCUGCCCGCUUCCACUUGCUGGACGAGAAGUACCCCUCUCGGACAGUGGUCCAAGAAGCUGAGAAGCCAUGUGAGGAGGAGGAGAAGGAGGAGGAGGGGGAAGAGCAGGAAGAGGAGGAAGAGGAAGAGGAGGAGGAGAAAAACGGGAAAGUCUGGGAGGCCAAGCCUCAGUCAAGGGAGUCCAGCGACUUGCCCCCCACCAAAAGAAACAACUGGAUAUUUAUUGAUGAGGAACAAGCCUUCGGUGGAAGGGGCCAGGGACGUGGUCGUGGCUUCCGGGAGUUCACCUUCCGAGGCCGUGGCAAUGCUGUGGGCUGUGGCAGUGGCAACAUCAGUAGCCGGGUUGCCUACAACAGCAACAGCACUGGCGUCUGCAGUGCUCAGCGAAGUAGCAGAGGGCGGCCCCUGAGGGAAUUCAACCAGCCAGAAGAGUUCCCACGAGGGAAGCUUAGGCGCAGGAUUGCCAGUGAGACCCACAGCGAAGGUUCAGAGUAUGAGGAGCUGCCCAAGCGCCGCCGCCAGCGGGGCUCUGAAAACAGCAAUGAGGGCUCCCUUGCAGAAAGGGAGGAGAGCGACCUCAAGAAGGGAGACUUCCGCGACUCCUGGCGGUCCAACAAGAUCUAUUCGGAUGACCAAGGCACCCUGGAUGCCAGAGCGAGGGCCCCACGAGCUUUCGGGCGCUCGCUACCCCCGAGACUUAGCAAUUCCGGGUAUGGGCGAAGAGGCUUUGCUUCCAAGGAACCUUCCCAGUGGCAGGGCCGGAAUGGGGGGAACACGUGGCAGGAGUACAGCCACGGCACACCUCUGGACACCUUUGGGGCCAGGCGCCUGUCUGAGAGGGACUAUGGCCAAGACUCAUAUAAGCACCCAGACUCCUUCACCCGGCAGGCCAUUGAGGAGGAUCCAUUAGACAAGAGGCACUACUUCCAGGAGGAUUACGGGGGUGAUCCCGAGAAUGCUGAGAACCGUCCUUUCCGCCGCCGCCGCCCACCUCGUCAGGACAAGCCUCCCCGGUUCAGGCGCUUGAGGCAGGAGCGUGAGUCCAUGGGGCAGUGGAACCCGGAAGACAGCGGAACCAACCUCCUAGCUUGCCAGUGGCCAGGGAGAGCCAAGCUGACCAUGAUGGAUCGGGGUGGUGCCACUACCAGGAGGUCUCCUGAGCUGCCCUACCAGAACUCCUCUGACCAUGCCAAUGAGGAGUGGGAGACGGCCUCUGAGAGCAGCGACUUCAGCGAGAGGCGGGAGAGGCGCGGUGGCAGUGCCAUCUCGGAGGGCGAGGCCCAGCUGGACGGCAAUCUCUCCAGCAGUGGCAUGGGGGAGAAGAGGGAGCUGGCCAAGAGAAGCUUCUCCAGCCAGAGACCCUUAGUGGAUCGGCAGAGCCGGAAAGCUGAUUCGACUGGGUUUGGGGAGAAAGCUGUGAGAGCUGGUGGGAAUGGAGCAGCCUCCUGCUACGAAAGCCAGCAGAUGAAUGGGGCACAGAUAAAAACCAAAAGAUCUCCUGAAGACAGUGGGGGGCUUGACCCCAGCAGUCCUGAGAGCAGCCAUUCUGUUUACGGCUCCCAUGCUAACCUGAACAGCACCGAAGGGCUGGGAAAGAAUCCAGAGAGGGAGCCCAAGUCUGGAACCCAGCAGAUGGGAGAGAAGGGAGAGGCCAUUUCUCAGUUUGAGCUGAGCUACGGAAAUGGUAUCAUGGAUGGACGGCUUUCGGGCCCCGCUGACGAGACGGAAGUUGGACCGAUUGGGAGCGAAGGCUUCAUUGAGGUCCUGACAAAGAAGCAGCGGAGGUUGCUGGAGGAGGAGCGACGGAAAAAAGAGCAAGCAGCCCAGGCUCCAGCCAAGGGCCGCGUCCUUCAGUCUCGUAUCCCACCUCGCUUUGCCAAGAAACAGAGCAGCAUGUGCCUUGAGCAAGGAGAUGUUUCAGUUUCUGGAAACAGCCUGGGCACGGAGAUCUGGGAGACCAACAGUCCAGCACUCUCGGUUCAGUCACCUAGCACAGAUUCCUGGAGCAAACCCGUCAAUGCCUUUACCAGUAACGAAUCCAGCUCCACCGAGCAGGGAUUUAAAGGCAGCCAGGGGGAUAGUGGCAUUGACCUGAGCGCCGAGUCGCGGGAAUCCUCUGCCACUUCUUCCCAGCGCAGCUCUCCAUAUGGCACUCUCAAGCCUGAAGAGAUGAGUGGAGGUGGCCUGGUGGACCCCAAAACUGACUGCCAGAAAGAGCAAGCGCCAAAGCAGUCAGAUAAAAAGGAUUCAGAGCAAAGCCUGGGUCAGAGCAAGGACCACAAGCCCGGCCCAAUUGGCAAUGAGCGUUCCCUGAAAAACCGGAAAGGCUCUGAAGGAGCGGAACGCCUUGAAGGCAGCGUCCCCCCGGUCAAUGGAGUGGAGAUCCACGUGGAAUCGGUCCUUCCUGUGCCUCCCAUUGAAUUCGGAGUAAACCCUAAAGAUUCAGACUUCAGCCUGCCCCCUGGACCGGCCUCCAGUACCGCAGCUAACUCGGUCACAAAGCUUCAGGACGCCCUGGCCAGCAACGCUGGGCUCACACAAACCCUCCCUGUGCUCCGAAGAGACCACCACCUUCCGCGGUGCAUCGGCCUGAAUCCCAUGUCUUACCCCACGACUGACCUCACUCUUAAAAUGGAAUCAGCCCGCAAAGCUUGGGAAAACUCCCCCAGUCUCCCGGAACAGAGCUCUCCUGGGGGUGCUGGCUCCGGCAUCCAACCUCCUGCCAGUGUUGGGGCUUCCAACGGCGUGAGCUACAGCUCCUUUGGUGGCGUUUCUGUACCGCCAAUGCCUGUGGCAUCUGUGGCACCAUCUGCUUCGAUCCCAGGACCGUUAUGGCAAAGGAGUGCAGAAGUAGGAUUCUGGAGUUCAGUAUGGGGUGGGACCCCUGUAUCUUUGAUGGCCGGGUGGAAGGGAGAUGGUAACCACAUCCCACCCCUGUAUCUAGAUGGACACGUCUUUGCCAGCCAGCCACGUCUCGUCCCCCAGACAAUACCCCAACAGCAGAGCUAUCAGCAGGCUGCAGCUGCUCAGCAGAUCCCCCUCUCUCUUCACACAUCCUUGCAAGCCCAGGCUCAACUCAGUCUGAGAGGCGGCCUUCCUGUUUCACAGUCCCAGGAGAUCUAUAGCUCAAUCCAGCCCUUCAGGUCUCAGGUCUACAUGCAUCCCAGCCUCUCCCAACCCAACACCGUGGUCCUGACUGGGGGCACUGCCCUGAAGCCUCCAUAUUCCGCCUUCCCAGGCAUGCAGCCUUUGGAAAUGGUGAAAACUCAAUCCGGAUCCCCUUAUCAGCCAGUUAACGGGAGCCAGACCCUGGUGUAUGAAGGCCAGAUCAACCAGGCUCCCGGUAUGGGAGCCUCACAGAUGAUGGAAUCGCAGCUUACACAGCUAACAAUGUCAAUGCCGGGCUCCCAGCUCCCGAUGGCCCGUUACGGUUCUGGCCAACAGCCCCUGUUAUUGCCACAGUCCAUCCAGCUCCCCCAAGGCCAGAACCUGUCUGUUGGAGCUCCUCGCAGAAUUCUCUCGCCUGGCUCUCAGCCGCCUGUCCUUGCUUCGAGCAGGGAGGUAAGGACCCACAGGUCCUCGCAUGUAGAAAUGAAAGGAUUCCACUUUGCAGACGCAAAACAGAAUGCUCCCACAGCAGGGUCUAUUCCAUCGCCUCACACAUACAGGCCUAAUUCUGCCAGCCCCAGUGGGAAGCCCUCUGGAUCGGCCAUCAAUAUGAACUCUGUGCAGGGGCAUUACAUUCAGCAGCAGGCAAAACAGCGACUGGACGAAAGCAAAGGCAGCCUUGGAGUGGUGAAACUACCAGAGCCCCCUACUGCCAGUCUGAUUAAACCGGUGCGCACGGGAGCCAUCAAGCCUCAGGCGGUCAAAGUGGAGGAGAGCAAGGCCUAAGCAACUAUGCCACCAACCCACCCUCUUCCCCAGCCCCAGGAUGCCAGUCAGCUUUGUUAUACUCCACACACACACCAUAGAAAGAGAGAGUGAGAAGGCUCUGCAAAUCACUCCACAUUUUCCACCCUGGCCACCGGCUGUGCUGAGACUCCUUUCCACCCUCCCCGGCUUUACUGCAACUUAUCUGUCAGCUGCCUGAAGCGUUGGUCUCGUCAGAGUCCUCCUCCCAACAAAGCAGUUCUUUUGAGCCGUGGAUUUUGAUGUGGACCUGCUUGCUUUCAAAUGACAACAACAAAAGGCAACCAUUCCUGCUGUACCGCUGCUGCUGCCCCCCCCUCCCUGAAAAUGACUUGAGUGGCUCUGGUGGCUUUUGUUCUUUCCUUUUCCUUGCUCCCACUUGCAAAUAGCAGUGACCACUUUUGGAGGGAUAGAGCUCGCCCUUCUCUUGUGUCAGCUGAGCGGUAACGAGAUCAGGAGUGUGCUGGGAGAUUUUAUUUUAUUUUUUAAUAACAAAAAAAACAGGCCUCCAAGGUUUUUAAAGCAAAACAGGAUGCUGUGUCUUUGUUUUUAUAGCAGGAUGUUUCUAAGUUCACUUGCAUUUCCUUCUCUUCUUGUCUUCUACUCUUUGCCUUCUGAAAAAUGACACCCCCCCCCAAAUCUAAAUCAUGUUCCUGGGUGCUCCCACUUUGGGCAGAGGGGAUGUAGGGAAAACAGUUCCUGUGUGAUAUGUUGAGCUUUCUACACUUCUUUUAAAUUGAGGCUGUGU